GCCCCGCCCCAGCCCUACAGUAUCUCCAAUUGACGUCGAACGACAUGAGAUUAUUGAUCCAAUGAGGCCUUUUGAUUGCAACUGAAGACGUGCCUCAAAACCUAUCAUGUAGCGCCUUGCGUCUGCUGGGGCCAACACUAACUGCACUCAGUCUUCGGCUGAUUCCCAGCCCUGUGUUAGCAACCUAGCCCCGUCAGCACGCAGCACCAACAAGCUUCAUGCCGUCCAGUAGGAGAUAUCAGCCAGACGCCUGCCCGCCAUGGAAAGCAUGGGCACGCGAGGCUGACGAAAAAGCUGGCGACUCUUAUUUAAUUCUCCAAACAUCCCCGUCCUGCAACCAAGUCCCACGACAUCAACUUAGGCAUUUGGGUCUCCGAGUCGAGGUGCAGGUGCAGGAACACCACCAUGGCGUUCCUGAUCAACAAUCUCUUCGGCACGGCUGUCGCCGUUGUCGUCACCUCUUACUUCCUCAAGAUUGUCUAUCGUACCAUUCAAAUGCGACGGAGAUUUAGCAAAUUGCCAGGACCACCCCACCAUCCUAUACUCGGCCACCUGAAAGUCAUGGGCGAGAUUGCUGCUGCUCUCCCCAAGAGAGUCCAUCCCCAUGUAUAUGCUCAUUAUCUGAGGGAGAAGUAUAACCUGCCUCCAGUAUUCUACCUGGACAUCUACCCUGUCUCGGCUCCACUGUUGGUCGUUUUGCACCCUGAAACGGCGCAUCAACUCAGUGAAGCCAAACUAAACAAGGAUCCAGCUCUAUUGGAUGUGGUAGAGCCGCUGGCAGGUCGAGAGAACAUUCUCUGCAGCGAUGGACUGCGGUGGAAGAAAUGGAGAGCAAUCUUCAACCCGGGCUUCUCAGUACAGCAACUCAUGAGUCAGGUACCGAUGAUCGUAGACUGCGCGGCAGCAUUCGUGCGGAUCCUCGAUAACCACGCAGCCCACAAUGACCUCUUCAGGAUGGAGGAAGAGGCCACGAAGAUCACGAUAGAUGUGAUUGGAAAGGCCAUCUGCGCCCACGACUUCAAGUGUCUUCACUCUGAUGACAAUGAGUUUGUAAAGACGAUGCGGAAAUCGCUUUCUUGGAUGCCAGAUACGCAAACUUUGAAUCCUUUUGACCGAUACAACCCCAUGCGCGCCAUCAUGCACAGAUACUACAAGAAAAAGAUGGACAACUACAUCGGCCGAAUGCUGGACGAGCGAUUCGCAGUGGGCGCCCCUGAUAGAAAGGUCAAGAAGAAAACGGCCAUCGAUCUCGCCAUAGUCGAAUACUUCAAGGAAAACGGACAAGACGUCGACUCCCGCACCGCCACAAUGGACGCCGAAUUCCGCCAAAACGCCAUCAACAACCUCGAAGUCCUCCUCUUCGCCGGCCACGACACCACCGCCUCCACCCUCUGCUACUGCUACGCCCUCCUCAAGAAGCACCCCAACGUUCUCGCCAAAGUGUGCCAGGAACUCGACUCCGUUUUCGGCACCGAGGUCUCCGUCGCCGAGCAGUUGAGGCAGAACCCGUACCUGAUCAACGACUGCCACUACCUGCUCGCCGUCAUCAAAGAAGUGCUGCGACUCUGGUCCCCCGCCUCGGGGGUAAAACAAGGACGCAAGGAUUACUUCAUCAAGGACCCCGUCACAGGAGACAUGCUGCCCACCGAGGACUGCGUCAUCUGGAUCAACGUCAUCACCGUGCACCGCGACCCCCGCAAUUGGGAAGACCCAGACGCCUUCAUCCCCGAGCGCUUCCUCUCCGAGAACGCCGACAAGUUCAACCCCGACGCGUACCGCCCCUUUGAGCGCGGCCCGCGCAACUGCAUCGGCCAGGAAUUGGCCUACAUUGAGCUGAAGGUGGUGCUGGCCAUGACGGUGCGCGAAUUCGACGUUUCGACGGCGUUUGAUGAGUUGGAGAGUCUGAGCAAUGAUGGAUCGAUUUGGAAUUCGGUCAAGGGGAGGUUGGACGGCCCGCAGGAGUGCUUUGGGGACGAGAUGUAUCAGAUUUUGUUGGCGGCGGCGAAGCCGAGAGAAGGGAUGCCGGCGAGGGUUACAAAGAGGAAGAGGUAGGGGGAAGAGGUAGGACGUAUAGCAGGUUGGCCUGCGUAGGGUAGCGAACGUAUUUUCACCACUUCGAUGUGAGCACGUCAUGGUAAACUUGAUCACUGAACCUUACCAAGUCCAGGUAGAUGAACGUGAUUGGGAUGGGAGGGAAUUGGGACAGCCAGUAUAACCCUUCAUGCGCUGCAGUGCUUCGCUUGCAUGUCAGCACAUGCCUAGCAUGCGUUAUCGCAGAGAGGAUGUCUUCGAGACCGAAUACUCUCUCACUGUACACUCGAUUUCUCAUCACUACCUUGAUGGCUCCAUAUUGUCGGAACGGUUGGACAGGUUUCAAGGUACUACUUUCGUACUCAUUCACGAGAUAGCUUGUACAAUAAUAAGAAUACUAUACCGAGC